AGUAGGCACCAUGCCGCAAGGGAAAAACACAUCGCGGGAGUCGGGAAAGUGUCGGCAAUUCGUCGCGACAUUAAUAAUCAAUUUAUCAUCCCUCACGUUUGGGGUGACACUGGGCUGGGUUUCCCCAGUGAUUCCAGACCUCCAAGCUGGAAAAACCCCUGUGAGUUCCGCCCCAAUGACAGACGAACAAAUUUCCUGGUUGGCCGGAGUCGUCUGCUUCGGAGCCGCACUGAUGUUGCCAUUCUGCAACGGCAUCACUGAACGUCUCGGCCGGAAGCGCACGGCCCACGUCAUGAUGAUUCCUUUCUUCAUUUCCUGGAUCUUAACAGCUUUCGCGACGAAUUACAUCAGCCUCUUGAUGGCCCGCAUCUUCGUCGGCGUCGGAGGCUCGAUGUGUCUCCUCCUAGUACCGAUUUACGUGUCGGAGAUCUCGGGGGACAGCAUCAGAGGACAACUGGGAAGUAUCCUGAGGUUCGCGUUCAAUACUGGACUCGUUCUGGGGUACAUCCUCGGUGCUGUCCUUUCGUAUAAAUUAUUCGCGUUGUCUGCCCUCACGAUGCCUGUUGUCUCCGCCGUUGGGCUUUUAUUCAUUCCGGAAACGCCGGUUUAUCUUGUUAGGAAAGGGAGAAUCGUUGAAGCUACCAGAUCUCUGAUGUGGUUGAAGAACAACGACAGAGCCUCAGUAGAAAUCCACCUAGAACAGCUUCAAUUGCAAGCCCUGCAGCAUUCGACGAAGAACAAAUCUGUUGGGUUCAAAGAUCUCUUCCGAGAUCGAGCAACAUUUCGGGGAUUUGUAAUCGCCCUGGGGCUGCUGAAUGCACCCGCCACGUGUGGAUUAUUCGUUGUACUGACCUAUACGGCCACAAUUUUUCAACUCGCCGGGAGUUCCCUCUCCCCCAACGCCGCGACGAUACUCAUAGGAGUGAUCCAAGUCUUCGGAUCAUGGUUGACAACCCUUGCGAUGGACCGAGCUGGCCGUAGAACCCUAAUCCUGGCGUCAUCAGCGGGAAUGAUCAUCUGCCACUGCAUCCUCGGCUCCUUCUUCCUCCUCCAGAGCCUAGACUACAAUCUGUCGUCAUUCAGCUGGACUCCAAUAAUCGCAUUGUCAAUCUUCGUUAUUGCUUACGGACUCGGUGUGGGUCCAGUGCCCUACGUCGUCGCCACCGAAAUUUUCAGUUCCGAUGUGUCCGCAUUCGCCAAUUGCAUCUGCCAAACGGUCAUGUGGCUCGUUGCCUUUCCCUUCAUGAAAUUUUUUCCCCUGGUCAUUGACACUCUAGGAAUUUACAGUGGGUUCUUCAUUUUCGGGGCAUUCUGCAGCUGCACUUUCGUCUUCACUCACUUCCUCGUGCCUGAGACCAGGGGAAAGAGUAUUCAAACGAUUUUAGAGGGGCUGGAGGCACAUUGGAGAAUUUCAUUCGAUAAACUAUUAUCAGCGGGUGAAGAUAUGUCGAAGACUGUUAGCAUACCUGAGGAGACGGGAAAAUGGCGUCAAUUCAUAGCGACUAUAUUAGUGAACCUAGCGGUAUUGGGGAGUGGAGUGAGUGUGGGGUGGAACUCCCCAAUCCUCCCUCACCUCCAAAGUCCGGAGACCCCAGUGGGCGCAAAACCAAUGACAGAUGACGAAGCAUCAUGGCUUACCUCUGCACUGCCCCUGGGCGCCUUGACAAUCCUCCCCUUCUGCAGUGGAAUAGCCGAGCGCUUCGGACGGAAGAAUACAGGAUUCUUCAUAGCUGCGCCCCUCGUCGCCUGCUGGCUCCUGACAAUCUUCGCGAGCAGUUACGCUUAUCUCCUGGUGGCGCGAUUCCUCGCUGGAUCUGCGUGCGCCGUGUCCUUCUUCCUUGUUCCCAUCUACGUGUCCGAGAUCGCGGACACCAGUGUCAGAGGACUAUUCGGAAGUUUGCUACUAUUUUCCUUCAGGAUUGGAAUUGUUGGGGGGUACAUCCUCGGAACUGUCUUCUCUUAUCACAUGUUCGCGGUUUUUGGUCUCGCUAUUCCUGUUGUGUUCCUGGCGAGUUUUGUGUUCAUGCCGGAAACGCCGAUUCAUCUUGUGAGGAAGGGGAAACUGACAGAGGCGAAGAGAUCUCUGAUGUGGUAUAAAAAUAACAAUAAGCCGAUAGUGGAAGAUGAACUUCGACGUCUUCAAUCGCUGAACAAAGAAUCCCUGGACGACAGUGACUCCGUGGGUUUCCGAGACUUGUUCCGAGACCGGGGAACGACGAGAGCGUUCGUCAUAGUUGUUGGCCUUAUAACUGGACAAGAAUUAUCAGGAAUAUCGCCAAUGCUGUCCUACACCGCAAGCGUCUUCAAAUCCGCCAACAUUCCAAUGUCGCCGAACCACGCGGCGAUAGUAGUCGGUAGUGUCCAGCUGCUUGGCUCCUGGUUAUCUACAAUGACGAUGGAGCGACUCGGCCGGCGAAAGCUCCUGUUCAUAUCCUGCAUCGCGAUGUCGCUCUGCCACACAGCAUUCGGGCUUUUCUCGCUGGUGAAGACUUACGGGUACGACGUGUCCUCGGUAUCGUGGAUUCCAGUGGUGGCCCUGGCGACUUACGGGGUCGUCUACUGCCUGGGUAUGGGGCCAGUCCCCUUCGUCAUCAUGUCCGAGGUCUUCAGUGCGGACAUCGUGAGCUUCGCGAGUUCAGUGGUGAUGGGCCUCGGCUGGUCAGGCUCAUUCAUGAUGACGAAGUUCUUUCCACUGAUCAUCAACACCGUUGGCUUCCACGGAUGCUUUUUGUUGCUGGCAGGCAUGUGCAUUUGCAUAUUGGGAUUCACUUAUUUUCUCGUCCCUGAGACCAAGGGGAGGAGCAUCGAGUCGAUUCUCAAAGAACUGAAUGACGGCAAGAGGAGGAAGAAGAAGGAUCCAUUUCCCGAAGCUGCUGUAGAGAUGAUAACUAAGAGUAUAAAUACGACUGAGUAAAUUAGUGUAUGGAGUAUUUUAUAUACAUUUUAUAUGCGUGUAAUCGAGUGGUGAAUAAAUUAUUUUAGUUGAUGAGUGGAACAAGA